CUAGCUUUGUUUGGAGUUGCUAAGAUACAGACGCCAUAUUUGUAUACUAGCAAAAAUAAUCAAACUGAAAUUAAAACGCUUGUAAACAGCAGAAUGGGAGUCGAUUAUUACAAUAUCUUACAGUUGACGCGUUCAGCAACUGAUGCAGAUAUCAAGAAACAUUAUCGUAAAUUGUCUCUGAAGUUCCAUCCAGACAAGAAUCCAGGAGAUCAGGCAACAGCUGAUAAGUUCAAACAGGUUGCUGAGGCUUAUGAUGUAUUGUCAGACUCAAGAAAACGUGCAGUUUAUGACCAGUUUGGAGAGGAAGGUUUGAAGAAUGGUGUACCCAGUGGUACAGUAGAAACAGGGGCUUGGACACAAGGCUACACAUUCCACGGAAAUGCUGACAAGGUCUUCAGGGAUUUCUUUGGAGGAGACAAUCCUUUCCAAGAAUUCUAUGACAGGGUAGAUGGAGAUCUGAGUAUGUCAUUUGGAGGUUUAGCUGGGCGCGGCAGAAAGAAGCAGGACCCACCAAUUGAACGAGACCUCUAUCUUUCUCUGGAAGAAGUUUAUCAUGGAUGUACAAAGAAAAUGAAGAUAUCCAGAAGAGUAAUGAAUGAAGAUGGUCACACAUCAAGCAUUAGAGAUAAGAUUUUGACGAUCACAGUGAAGAAAGGAUGGAAACCAAACACAAGAAUCACAUUCCCAGAGGAAGGAGAUCAGGGCCCAAAUAAUGUACCUGCUGACAUUGUAUUUAUUGUAAAAGACAAACAGCACCAGAGAUUUCGACGUGAUGGUGUCAACCUUAUUCACACAGCCAAAGUUCCCCUCGGAAAGGCCCUCACAGGCUGUACAGUAGAUAUCCUUACACUUGACGAGAGAAUGCUACAUAUACCUAUCAAUGACAUUAUCAAACCAGGAUACAGAAAAUGUGUACCGACAGAAGGAAUGCCGCUAUCAGCCGACCCAACACAGAAAGGAGAUUUGAUCAUUGAAUUUGAUAUUGAAUUCCCUGCCACUUUAACACCAGAAAAGAAAGAUUUGGUCAAGGCAGCACUUCUUCAUUAGAGACAAUAUUUUUUAUUGAGAAUAUCUGUGAUAGAAUGAAUGAUUUUAUGUUAAAUGAGUAACUGGGAAUUGUUUUCAUUGUUUUAUGUUCAAUAAUUUGUAGACAUUCUUAUGUAUAUGCAUGCUGAAAAAAAAAUGAAAUACUUAAACCUGUUUCAAGAUUUAUAUGAAUAAUACAUAGAAAAAAACUU